UUAUCUAUAACCUUUAUAGCUUUUCCUAUUUGUCUAUGCGCGUGAUUAAGUUUCGCAAGUAUUACUCACUGUAGCUGCACGUAUUGAGGUCAGUUUCAAACCAAAACCAAAACUUCUAUGAACGCGACGGCCAAUCGGGUACGUCAGGUAAAGCUUUGAUCAAUUUACUUUGACCUAAACCAGCGUCGUCGAAAGUGAAAAAUACUUCACAAUGAAAGCCAACAUUAACGAGUUCUUUUUAGAUCUCAUUGUGAUAGCGAUGGCUCUCGUUUCCCGUGUGUUUGCUGAAGCAGGCAGCGGAAAUAUCUUCAUGAAUGACAACGAAAACAGAGCAAGUGGAACAUUUUUGAAAAUCAAAUCCCAUGCGAUCCUGACUAAUAAAAUCACUUCAAAAAAAGUCCAAAGUGCUAUAGACUGUGCCUUCGUGUGUUUUCAAACACCUCGUUGUCUUUCUUAUAAUCUUGGCAAAACGAAACAACGAGGCACGUUUAUCUGCGAGCCGUUAAACACAACCCAUAUGGACACGCCUCUUAUAGCCAUGCCCAACUAUACUCACUUCAGAAACAAUACAACAAAAAAGAGUUUCACUAACCAAGGUCAUACGGGUAGGACGGGUCCGAUCCAGAAGUUUGUGGUGCAACAAGCCGGCUAUUAUUUCAUAGAAGCUGCAGGAGCACGUGGAGGUACCUUAUCAUGCAACUAUGGCUCCUUUCCUGGAACAUAUCUCGGUGGAAAGGGGGCCACUAUGAAAGGCGUCUUCUUUCUUGCCGCUGGUACAGUGCUAAAGAUAGUCGUUGGACACCGAGGCGGGGAUGCAGUUGAGGUCAAAGGAGGGCAAUCCACUAAACAAACAGCAGCAUCUUUAGGACUCUCGGUUGAGGACAAUGCAGGUACUGGAGGUGGAGGUGGGAGCUUUGUUUAUACGUCGACAAAUAAACUUCUUCUUGCGGCAGGGGGAGGCGGGGGUGCAGCUCAUCACAGUCCUGGUAUAGACGGUCAGAUAACCACUGCAGGGUCACCAUGCUCAAAGGAAGGUGUCUUUGAUUCUGUAAAUGUAGGUGGGAAGGAUGGUGGGCCGGGGCAUUGUAACACUGCCGGUGCUAGUCAUCAUGGGGGCGUAGGGGCAGGCUGGAACGGUAAAGGGUGCGCACGCUUGACCUCUAAACAUGGCGAAACAGGAGGAUCGCGAUUGAAUAACUGGAUUGGAGGAAGCGCAGGGGGCAUGAAUAGUGGAAACAAUGGUGGGCCUCCCCCGGGAGCGGUAGGCGGAUUUGGUGGUGGUGGGGGAGGUGCAGAAGACAGCGGAGCAUCAGGUGGCGGCGGAGGUUAUUCAGGGGGAGGUAGUGGCAAUAAGGAAAUGUACGCAGGGGGAGGGGGAGGUUCGUUUUGUGGUGGUAUAUCAUGUACUGGUGCUGUUGGAGGUAAUACUAACGAUUAUGGCUUUGUAAACAUUAUUCAUACCUAAACUAAGGUCAAACAAUUUGAAAUAAUUACGAAGAAAUGUUGUCAAUGCAAAAGUGAGGAGUCAUGAAGCCUGCCAAAAUUGACCAACCAAUAAAUAAUAAUACACGCACUUGGAAUAAAGAUAUAAAACUUAUGCCCACUAAUGUGCAGGUCACUUUUUUCAAGCGCUUAUUUGCAUGCAACUUUUUUUUGAAAUAUAUUUCAACGUUAUCUGGUAGAAUAUCUUGUGGUUUAUAACGUUAUCUGGUAGAAUAUCGUGUGGAUUAUAAUGUUAUCUGGUAGAAUA